AUGUUGCUCUCCCUCCGCGACGUCAUGGCGCGCCCCGCCGACGCCGAGGCGAUGGAGUUGCUCAAGGACGAGUACAAGAAGUGGUGCGUCGGGCGCCUGGACGACGACGGGGAGGAGAGCGGGGACGAGGAGGACCGCAACAACAACGACGACGAAGUCAACCCGCAACACGGGCUGCCAAACGUGUCGGGCGCCUUCAACGUGCGGGCGCUGGCUCGGGUGGAGUUCCCCCGCACGUGGGUGGUGCCGCUGGGGACGAUACCAGCGGCCUGCUACACAAACGCGGCGGUGAACGGGGGGACGGACAUGUCGCUGCUGGUGGAUUACAGUCGCACCCGUGGGGUGGUGCGGGUGCGCAGCGAGCUGCUGAAGCCGACGGGCGAUGGGGGUUUGCCGCAGAAGGUGCUGGCCGUGUGGCCGAAGAGGCGGCCACGGUCGACGCAGCAGGAGGGGCAGCAGCAGGAGGAGGAGGAGGAGGAGCAGGCGGUGCUUUACUGGCCGGCGUUUGUGACGCGCGUCGUGGGCGUCUUUGCGGACCCGUCGCUGGACGGCUCCCCCGCCAGCCACGCCUGGCUUCAGGCGCACGAGCGCUUUGACGACAUCCUCGCCGCCGCGCUGCGCUCGCCGAUGCGGGUGUGCGUGGACGUCGCGUUCUGCAUCGACGAGGUCAGCGCGGCGCGGCGGCUCACCAUCGCGCCGGCGGUGCGGUACCCCGUCGGCGCCGCCACAACGCCCGACCCCGAGAUCGCCCGGGUCUCGCAGCGGGCCGCCAGCGAGGCCGACUGCCCGCUGCUCGUGCCGGCGGCGGUGCCGGAGGUGGUGUCGAUCCGCAACUACUCCUACACCGCCGUCGCGGGAAAAGGACGGCGCCCGCGCAGCCCCUCGUACACCUCCGCGGCAGCCACGCCUUCCGCCGGGGCGACGCCGGCGGGAGAUGCGGCAUCGCGGCGUGGAAGCGGCGGUGCUGGUGUCGCCGCUGCCGCCGUCGGGUUAGCAACCAAGGCCAAACUCAACCGCAACACGCUUUCGCACAGCCCUAUAGCGCUGCUGGAUAUGUUGGCAGGGCCUGUUUGUCAGACGCAGCAGUUUGUGUUUCUGCGGCCGACGGCGCAGCUUGCAGUGGCGGUGCAGCGUGCGGCCGUGGAGGAACUCUGUGCCCUUUGGCACAGACUGCGAUGCGCACUGUUUGAGCCCCUUUGUGCCGAAGAAAGUCUGCUGCCGUCACUGCGAGCCGCAGAAAUUGGGCUGCCGUCGUUGCGUGCCGAGUCGGUGAGGGAGGCCGCGGAGCCGCCCUUGCAGCUGCCGGACCCCGACACCUACGUGAGCCCGUACGUGCAGGCGGACCGUACGAAGACGGAGGAGGAGGUGCGCCCACCGCCGUCUGCGAAUCCACCCCACGCGUUGACCUUCGCAGAGCUGCAGUGCUGCCUUCCCACCCUGCAGGGCCGCAGCGGCGGCGUCACCCGCGAGGCGGCGGUGCAACGGCGGCGGCGGCAGCAGCAGCGGGCGCACGCGCCCACCGCCUUCGAGGCUGCCGGCGGUGCGGCCAGAAGCCAAAUGUUUGCGGGGGCGCGGUCGCCCUCGCAGGGCGAGCUGCCGUCGGAGGACGGCACAGACGCGGGCGCCGUCGGCGGUACCGCAGGCAUGCCCAAGAGCGUGCGCCGCGCCAACGCCAGCGGCCUCGCCGUCGCGCCGGGAGACAGUAGUUUGCGGCGCUGCAACAGCCUCUCUCCGCCGUCGGGGGUGGGGGCGCUGGUGAUGUCGCCCAGCCCUGACGCGCGGCGCGGGCGGCAGGCCAGCGUGCAGGCGACGCCGGAGAGGAGGGAGACGGCCGCGGCCUGCCCCGUGCGGUGGGCUGUGGGGACGAAGAGCGAGGGCAGCGACGGCAAUGCCGCCACUGUUAACGAGAACGAUGCGGGUGUGGGGGCGGCCGUGGACAGCAGACGCCGCACUGCGCAGGUGGCGGGCGAAGUCUCCGCGCCCAGCUGGCGGAGUCCCACGUGCGACGUCAACAGCGAGGAGAGUUCACCGCAGUCGCCGCUACGGUGGCACGCCUCCCGGCAGGGUGGCGUCAGCAACAGGGCAAAGCAGGCAGGAGCACUGCGGGCUCCCUCGCCGCAUGCAGGGGAGGCAUCGCCGCUGCGGGACUUGGAAGUAAAUGCUGGGGCCCUCGCGGUUUGCGCCCCUGCGUCUCCACCUGAUGCAGCGGACUCCGCUCAGCCAGACAACGGCGCAGCAGCUGGCGCGGCGAACCACGAGGAACCGAUCGGACGCCAUGCGCAGAAGGAAGCGGAAAACGCGAGGAGACAGCCGUCGCCCGCGCCGCAUCUGCGGCACUUGAUUGAACCCGCGUGCGACGACGCGGCUUCCAUCGCGGUGCCUCAGGCGUCUCUUCUCUCGCGUGCGGCGCGGCUUCCCCGCGGUGGCACCGGACACGUAGCCAACGGCAGCCGCGGGCAUUCCGCGCCACUUCCGCGCAGCUGCGCGCCGCGUCGUUCUCGGUUCUCCACCGCCGGCACCGCCGGAAGUUGCCGCUACGCCAUGACCGCGUGGCGCGACCCGUCCGGGGUGGAGAUCGACGUGGAUGACGCCCGCCUCCUCCCACCCGCCGUGGCACGCGCGGCGCGGGCCAACUUGGGACCCCGACCCCGCCCCAAGCUGCGGUUUACGUGGAGCUGCCCCAUGUGCGGCGAGCAGGGCACGAGGAUGCCUGAAGACCCGCGUUAA